ACAUGGGAGAGAAAGGAGAGUUGGGUCAGUCUGGUCCACCUGGGGAAAAGGGCGAUGCUGGAGCACCUGGACCACUGGGAGUUGUCGGGCCCAGGGGUUUGGUGGGGCCCAAGGGCGAGCCGGGCGCUGUCCACGUGCUGGAGGGAGAGGGAGGGGUGCGCGUGGUGCAGGGCCCUCCAGGCCUCCCGGGACUCCAAGGCCCCCUGGGAGAGAAGGGAGACGCUGGCCCGGAGGGAGCCCUGGGGCCAGCCGGUCCCAAAGGAGAUAAGGGAGACUCUGGGAUAUCAGGUCUUCCUGGACCUAAGGGCGAGCACGGAUUGGACGGGGAGAAGGGACGCGACGGAGAGGUGGGGGCCAAGGGGGAGCGGGGCCCCCUGGGGCUUCCGGGCUCUGCUGGUGUGGAUGGCCACCCGGGAGAUAUAGGCCCCAUGGGACCUUCUGGGCCACCAGGCCCAAAAGGAGACCAGGGAGAACGAGGGGUCGAUGGGGUCGAAGGCCUACGAGGACACCCAGGCUUUGAGGGUCCCAAGGGAGACAAAGGCGAGCGGGGCGAGGAGGGGCUCCGAGGAAGGAGGGGACCCCGAGGGGAUAAAGGGGAUCAGGGCCUCCCCGGGCUGGACGCGCCCUGCGCCCUGGGAGAAGACGGAUUGCCGGUACCAGGAUGCUGGCAAAAGGGUCAGACCCCGUGGCUGGUGGCUUGAUGAGGUCAUGUGAUGUUGGCACGCGACGGCCAAUUUCACUUCUGAGAAAAUUCACGGAGACGUCGAGACACGCGGAGAGACACGUGGAGACACGCGGCGAAGACACGGGAACUGGAUAGUGUCCUUGUCCCAAUCUCUGUCCCCCUAUGUCUGUGUAUCUCUCCGUCUCCCUUUGUCUCUCUGUGUCUGUCUGUGUCUCCCUGUUUCUCUCUGUCUCCCUGAGUUUCUUUCUCUCUCUGUUUCUAACCGAGUGGUAGAGCUCCGUUUGACCGCAGUUGCAGUGAGUUUAACAUUUCUGUUACACCAAGGUUUAACUUGUCCGCUAGGCCAAGGUUUAACCAGUCUGCUAGGCCGAGGUUUAAGUUGUCUGCUAGGCCGAGGUUUAAGUCGUCCGCGAGGCUGAAGUUUACCUUGUCCACGAGGCCGAGGUUUAAGUUGUCCUCUAGGCUGAGGUUUAACCAGUCUGCUCGGCCAAGGUUUAAGUUGCCUGCUAGGCUGAGGUUUAAGUUGUCCGCUAGGCCGAGGUUUAAGUUGCCUGCUAGGCCAAGGUUUAUGUUGUCCGCUAGGCCGAGGAUUAAGUUGUCCACUGGGCUGAGGUUUAAGUUAUCCACUAGGCCGAGCUUUAAGUUAUCCACUAGGCCGAGGUUUAACCAGUCGGUUAAACUGCGCGCUGAGUGUAAUUUAUCUGGGAGUGUAUUUUCCGUUUUGACUGCGGGUUCAUGUAUUUUUUACCUAAUAAUGAGGUUUAUUUUUGUAACUCUUUCCGUUUAUACCAGGUUCGAAGUAUUAACUCGGCCUGGGUUCGUACGUACCGAUGCGCGCGUGUGUAUAUUCCGUUACGGCGCGGUCAUCGCUUCCAUUACAUUACCGAGUUUUCACUUUCCGCCCCCCACCGUUAUCACGAGGUCACUUCCGUGCAUAUAUACCGAUGUUUAUUGUAAAUUCACAUUAUUAAUAUUCGCGAUGACAUCGCUACUGUCGAACCGAGGUCACCGGUUCCCGCACGGGAGCGACGCCGGCGGUCGCGCCAUCACUAAACCUCCGCGUUUGGCGGGUUUCCGUGGCACGUUUUCGUGUUGACCGACGAUGACGACGACGAGGUCGCAGUUUACAUGAUUUCCCUACAGACGGACGUUGUCCUCCGUUGCGACGCGCGCGCCGCCGCGCCUCGUGCCGCGCAAAAAAAUUGCAUUUCCGACACGUCGCCAUUUCCGUCAUGGCGAUUCCGAUUUGUGGUUACGCAGAGGGUUGGAUUUUUUUCUCAUCACAAACAGAGUAGACGAUGACUCCGAUAAACGAGGUUGAGGGUUUUCGUUCGAUGGCACCAGAACGGACGAUUCUGUUACACCCAGGUCAGACUUUGCGUUUUUAUCGGACUUGACUAUUCUGGAAAGGCACCGGUCAUAUCUUCCGUUCUACCAAAGAUGAAGGCUUCCUUUAUUCGAGGAUUGUCAAUUCCGUUGUGGCAAGGGCCGACGUUCUGUUUUUCCUCCCUGGUCUCGUUAGGUUACCUCAGCCCUGCUGGGUGACGUUGACGUUAUAACGUGAUGUUUAACACGGAGGGAGGGAGGGAGGGGGGGAGCGGGGCGCGGAUUUGCAGCGAGUGUCACGAUUGACAGUUUUUUUUGGGUUCUGGCCGCUGCGUAAUGAUCUGGCGCGAAAUCUUGUGUCGUGAGACCCUCCACCACCCAACAGCCAAACAAAUCAAAUCGUCGCCUGGUGCACGAGCGUUUAGGGACGAGCGCGGUGAAAAUGACCGAUGCAGCUCAACUCGCUCGCCCGGCCGGGUGAGUGAGAAUUGCUCUGUGAAGAUAUUUAACUAUUUUUUAAAUUUUUUACAACUCGGUAAAGCCCACUGAGCAGCUUUGUAGCGAAUUUUUUCAGAAGCAACAAAUGGGAGCUCAACAAAGUGGCUUAUCACGUGGUAAGGGGCCGUCCAUGAAAGACGUCACGCACCUGGGGGGGGGCGGGGUCAGACAUUUGUGACGAUGUGUGACGAGGGGGGGGGGUUUGAGAAAUGUGACGUCACAUCAAAAUGCGCAACUUUAAAUAAAUAUAGACAACACGUUCUACUUGAUUAAAUAUACUCUGUAAUACAUGUUUUCUCCUACAACAUCAGAGUGCAGCGCCACACUAAAUACGCACUACAAUGACAAUAGUUUAAAGCGAUUUAAAGCAUGUUACAUUUUUUUGGGGGGGGGCAGAGCUUUGUGACGUCAUAUUUGAGGGGGGGCUCUGACUUUUUGUGACGCCGUGUGACGAUGGGGGGGGGGGGGGGUCAGAAAUCGUCCAAAAUCGCGUGACGUCAUUUAUGGACGGCCCCAAAUGUAUAGUGGCCAAAUGCUCUAAAGGGAAUGUCUCUAAAGGUGGAGGGGAAAACCCGGAGGACGCGGAGGAAAAAUCCGCGCGACCACAGGGGGGAGAGAGAGACACGCAAACUCCAAAUACACAGCAGCAGCAGGCGUCAGGGUCGUGAUCAAACCCGCGACCUCCUGUAUACCAGGCGAGGUAGUUAACAUCUCCUUGCCAUCGUGAUGAUGAUGAGAGAGACACGCAAACUCCAAAUAUACAGCAGCAGGCGUCAGGGUCGUGAUCAAACCCGCGACCUCCUGUACACCAGGCGAGGUAGUUAACAUCUCACCACCUUAGCUGAGCCUUCUCUUGAUCUGAGCAAAUCAUUUCACCCGGACAAUCGUUCACUUCCCAUUCCAAUCUUUACACGAGUCCACCAACCCUGACUCACGCGACCCCCCCUUGCCACCCACCGAGGUCGCUGGGCUCCCGCCUCCUCCUGCGUACCAGGCGAGGGAGUUGAACAUCUCGAGUUGAACAUCUCGAGUUGAACAUCUCGAGUUGAACAUCUUAAGUUGAGCGGAAACAACGAACCGGAGCCUCCUUGGCGGAGCGGUUUGCGUGGCUGCGCUGGGUGGCAGAGGGUCUCGGCGACACAAACGUUCAGGGCCGGAUCCGUUACUCGUGGUGGCCUAAGCCAUCGGUGCUGGUUUCUGUCGAUUUCAAGCGGUGGAUUAUUUUUUACGACAUUCUUUAUAUUUUGUCCGUCGUGUAUUUUUCUAAGCAAGAGAUGAGAUAUAUAUAUUUUGUAAACGUUUGCGAGUUUCUUUGGGGGGGGGGGGGGGGGGGAGGGGCUCUCGUAUAUUUUUUACGUGAUGACUUGUAUAGUAAUUAUGCAAAUUUACGGUAAUCAUGGUUACCAAUCGUUGUUAUUCUCCUGUUGUGUUGAUGUUGUUCCUCUGGGUUACAAUUCCAGGGAAACCAGGCCAAUGGUUCAGAUUGCUGUGAUGAUAUUAGACAUUAUUGUUGUUGUUGACAAUUGUUAUGAUUAUCCUACCGCUUGUUUACCCAGGAAAGCCUCGCCACUGAGUCUCCAGACUCGCCUUCAGGAGAGUGCUGCCAGGUUUUCGCUGUAAGAGGUCGGCGAUGAUUGCUGCUGCUGCUGCUUGUAAUAUUCAUUCGGCUCGCGAGUGAUGUUCAAGCGCUCUCAGAAACGGAAUCUUUAUUUAUCCUGGGAGAAAUCCGAUGAGCUAUGAAGCUCGUUUUCACUGAUGCCCAGUCGGGGCAGGUCAGAACGUUACAAGAACAAAACAAUACAACAACACGAUAGGAGUGCAAAGUAUCGGAAAAGGUAAACAGAUCACUUAAAAAUAAUUACAUAUAAAACUAAACUAUGUUUUAUCUUACCGAGUAAAGGCGCCAUGGUGGCGAGAUGUUAACUACCUCGCCUGGUAUACAGGAGGUCGUGGGUUCGAUCUGUAUACUUGGAGGUUGCAUUUUCUCUCUCCUCGUGGUUGGAUUUUUUUCUCGGUCUUCUGGCUUUUCCCUCCACAUAGUGAUAGGUUUUUAACCUUUCAACUGGUACAAAAACUGACACCUUUAUACGAGGCAUCAUGUUUGCAAUAACCACAACACAAGCAGUCAAAAUGCAAACAAAAAGAAACAACUCUGAUGAUGAUAAUGAUAUGCACUGUCCUUGAAGUUGAUUGGUCCACACCCGAGACAGCUUUCUUAGAGCCUAGUCUCCAUUGGUGUUGGACCAGAUGAUGCCAAAAGGCGUACAACUCUAACAACAGUGCACUAUCAGAGUAUUGAGAGCUCGGGGUAAACAUUUACACUAUGAUACCUCCUUUACCAGUGGCAAAAUAUAGUAAUAGGUUUUUACCCUUUCAACUGGUACAAAAACUGACACCUUUAUACAAGGCAUCAUGUUUGCAAUAACCACAACACAAGCAGUCACAUUUCGAAUCAACAUGCAUUUUGAUUAUUUGCCUGCGAUAGAUUUCCACGCGAUGUUUUAGCCACUCCGUUGAGCUGUCAUUCGUGAUAGCUAGGUCUCUUCUGGAAAGAGAAACACACCAGCUGUAUAGCCGAGUGGGCUUUACCCGGGUCAAAUAAAACAUAGUUUUAGUUUAAGGCCCACUGAGCGAUGUAGCUUCUUUUUCAGAAGCGCCAUGGCCACAAAUGAUCGCCCAACGAAGUGGAUCGUCAUCUGCGUGGAACUCGGAAAAGGAGUUUUGGUUGUGGGCUUUGAACUCUGGCGAUGAGUUCUCAAAUUCGAUUUAAAGCUUUCUCGCGACUGCAGGGAUUCAUAUUUUUGGUUCUUUCGGUAAAGUCGCGUAGAAGGGAAACAAUAAAAUGAUAAAAAUAUAUCGAUACAAAUUUCGAUUUAAAGCUUUCGUGACUGCAGGGAUUCAUCUUCUUGGUUCUUUCGGUAAAGUCACGUAG